CCGAUUCAAAGCGGCGCAGCGAGAGAAAGGAAGAAGAGGAUUUGCUUUGCAGAACGUCGUCCGGCGAAAAUCUAUACUAUUUUCGUCUCAAGCCAUUGAGUACUUUUCUUGAAGCAGGGAUAGCUAGAAAACAUGAGUUUUGGAAGCCCAGGUGGCGGUGCCGUCAACUUCAAGCCCACGCCACCUGAGCGUGGUAGCUUUCCUCUUGAUCAUGACGGAGAAUGCAAGCACCUGAUCUCUGAAUACAUCAAGUGUCUCAAGUCGCAGAAAGGCGUCAAUGAUGAGCGGUGUCGCAAACUCGCGAAAGGAUACUUGGGUUGUCGCAUGGACAAGAAUCUUAUGGCUCCAGACGAUUUCAAGAACUUAGGGCUCGUCUUCGAAGGGGACAACAAAGGCCAGGACCAGGGAACAACCGGCGCAUCAGUAACGAAACCUGAAGGAGGAAGUUAAUAACUCAAUUCACAUAACUGGGACGUUCUCAGAAAUCAAUGAAUUCCGCAGAGGAAUCAAUAGGGUUCUUAAAUAGCAUGGAUACGGCGUUGGAUGGGUAUUCCUACGUGUGUCAAUAUGUGACAUCUUUUCUUGCCAGAACAGGCAGAUGGUUCAGACAACUAUAUGUACAUUAGCAUGACGAUAUACAAAAUGAAAUAGAAUCUCCCUACCUCUUCGAA